UUAAUUAAAUUAUAAUAAUAUUUGUUUAAUAUAUAAAUUGUAAAUGAUACAAUACCUAACUUACUUUAAUUUGCUGUUAGGGUUCUCUGUGGGAGAGAUCAUAGAAAGGGCUAAUCGAAACAUUGUUCGUGGUGCUGGCCAACCAAGACUUGAUGGGGACAUUGCAAUUAAUGAUGAGAAUGGAAGGAAUGCUGAUCCCUGUACAUCUUCUUGGUGCAAGUGGUCCAAGUACAGUGAUGGACUGGUCUAUGUGCCCUACGUCAUUGCCAACCACUUCAGCUCUCGUGAGCUGCUGGUCAUUCAGCGAGGACUAGAUUCCUUUUCAGCUGUUACUUGCAUUCGUUUUGUUCCACGCUACAACGAGAGGGAUUACGUCAGCAUUGAGUCACAGAGCGGGUGCUGGUCCUAUGUUGGACGUCAAGGUAAUGGUCAGACAGUGUCUCUGGAUCGCAGUGGCUGUAUCUACCACAACACUGUACAACAUGAGCUUCUUCAUGCUUUGGGUUUUAACCAUGAACAGACGCGCAGUGACCGUGACAGCUACAUUCGUGUCGUCUGGGAGAAUAUCAUUGACAACAUGAAGUAUAACUUUGACAAGAUCAACACACUGAACCAGGGAACUCCCUAUGACUACAACUCCGUCAUGCAGUACCACAGGACUGCUUUUUCUAAAAAUGGUCUGCCCACCAUGGAGCCCAUCCCCUACAGCAAUGUAGCAGUCGGCCUGGCCACUGAAAUGAGCCAAAAUGACAUUAUUAGAAUCAACAGACUCUAUCAGUGCUGAAUGUGAGAACACUUAACACAUGUGUUCUGUGCUGUGAAAAUAUCCAAGGACAUAUGGGCUUCUAAAACCAAAAGGGAUCUUCGGUUUUUGUUUUACUUCAUGAUGUAUGAUUUUAACAAUUUAAAGCAAAAACGACAGAAAUAAACUAAUGCAUUAAUACCAAA